AUGAUUCCAAAAAUCGAAUUGCGAGUGUUAACAAAAAAUGUUUACAAAGAAUUUCUGAAAGGAGAAACGGCUGAGUUGAUGAUUGAAAUCUCACUCAUUGGCAUUUACAAAGAAUUCGAGUUCUAUCCAAGUUUCACUUUUCGGGACAAUUCGAUUCAUGGACGAGGAUUCGCGAUUGAUGGAGUGAGGCCAAUGUUCUGGAAAAUGUUGAACAAAAUCGAUUACUGUAGAAUAUUACAAAUCGAUGUUCACUACUUUGAGGAUACGAGUGAAAAGGAGAAACUUAUUAGGCAAUAUUUUAGGAAUUUGAAAUUCCUACCGAAACUGACUUGUGUAAACCUUUUGGAUUUGAACAUAUCUGAGACAAAGCUUGGAAAAGUUAUCUAUGAAAAUUUGAAUAUUUUGCAGCCGGUGAAAGCAAAGAUUGGAACUUUAUGGGCUCCACUCGAUCGUUUCACGCCAUUUUUGUCCGAAGAGAUUUUGCGUCAAAAUUUCUCAUGUUGCGAAUUUUUACAAUGGAAUAUUCCGGGAGAGAUCGACUUUGAAAAAAUCUCAAAAAUCGAGACGAAUUGCCUGCUGAUUCCGAAUAUGAAAUGGGCUAAUUUUCAAGAAUCAUUGAGCUAUUUGAGUCACGGAAAGUUGUUGAAUGGAAAACGAGAAAUGGUGUUUUGUUUACAGUGUUUGGUUGAUGAUCAGCUCGUUCUCGAUUCUUUUCGAAUCGUUUUGAGAACUCUGGACUUUCCAAAGAGUUUUGUUGAGAAAAGUGGCAGGCAACGUUUGGAGGCUGGAUCGAUUGAAGCAGAGGAUUUGAUUGAGACUGUGAAAAAGUUGAAAUGGAAAAAUGCUGGAAUGUUUGAGUAUCCAUAUAAAGCGGCGGAUUUCUCAUUGUCAAGGAAACAAGGGUUUUUCAAAAGAAGUUUUGAUGGUGGAGAGGAAUGUCUUUAUUUUGUGAAUCAGCAGAAAGGAAUCGUUCAUCAGACUCACCAAUAUUUGGAGGUGUUCGUGAAAUUUCGGAAAACUGUAGUGGAAGAA